GACAACAGACAUGGGGCUGCAGCAGGAAACGUGUGAUGUGAACUUUCCCCAACCUGACAACCCAUCAACCUCACAGGUACAGGAGAGCAGAGGUGAUUUGGGAAGGCAUGUGGUUAAAAACACCGUUGAGAAACCCUACAUGUGCGGGGAGUGUGGGCACAGAGCACCUGAAAUGACCAGCUUACUCCUACAUAUGAGGACCCAUACAGGAGAAAAAACGUUUAAAUGUGACCAGUGUGACUAUUCUGCAUCUUUGGAGUCUAAUUUGAACAGGCAUGUUUCAGAAAAACACAGCAAACCAACCUCACAAGGACAGACGAGCAUAGGCAAUACGGGAGGUACCAUAUUCCUUGUACCUUGCUCACUUAUCCCAGUCCAGAGUAUGAUCAUCCCUGUCCAAGGUAUGAGUGUUGGGCAUCCUGGGAAGGAGAGUGAAGGCAAUAUAGGAAGGAAUGUGCUUAAGCACACCGGUGAGAAACCCUACAUGUUUGGGGAAUGCGGGUACAGGGCGGCUCAAAAGCAUCAUUUAUCCCGACAUAUGAGAACCCACACGGGAGAAAAACCAUUCAAGUGCGACCAGUGUGACUUUUCUGCGGCACAGAAAUCCACUUUGGACAAACAUCUUGCAAAGGUACAGAAAAUAGGAAGGCAUGUUGUUAAACUCACCAGUGAGAAAGUUUUCAUGUGUGAGAAGUGUAAAUACAAGACAUCUAAAGAAAAACGCUUUUUCAAGCACAUGAGAAUCCACACAGCCAAGCCAUUUAAGUGCGACAAGUGUGACUUUUCUGCUGCUCAGAAAUCCAUUCUGGACAAACAUCUAGUGAAACACACCGGUGAGAAACCCUACAUGUGUGGGGAGUGUGGGCACAGGACAACACACAAGUCAUAUCUAUCCAAACAUAUGCGAACUCAUACUGGUGAAAAACCAUAUAAAUGUGACCAGUGUGACUAUUCUGCAGCACAGAAAUCCACUUUGGACUUUCAUCUAGCAAAACACACCGGUGAGAAACCCUACAUGUGUGGGGAGUGCGGGUACAGGACAGCUAAAAAGUGUAACUUAUCCCUACAUAUGAGAACCCACACGGGAGAAAAACCCUACAAGUGUGACCAGUGUGACUUUUCUGCCAUACGGAAAUCCACUUUGGACUUUCAUCUAGUAAAACACACCGGUGACAAACCGUACGUGUGUUGUGAGUGCGGGUACAGGGCAGUUAAAAAAUCCCGCUUAGCCAUACACAUGAGAACCCACACAGGAGAAAAACCCUACAAGUGUGAGCAGUGCGACUACACUGCGGCACAGAAAACCAAUUUAGACCAGCAUAUAGCAACAAAACACACUGGAGAGAAAACCUACAUGUGUGGGGAGUGUGGGUACAGCACAACUUAUAGCUCAACCUUCUCUAGCCACAUGAGAACCCACACCGGAGAAAAACCCUUCAAGUGUGACCAGUGCGACUAUUCUGCAGCACGGAAAUCUAGUCUAGAGCAACAUAAAACAAAACACACCGGUGAGUUUCCUUACAUGUGUGGGGAGUGCGAGUACGGGACGUUGCGUAAGUCCCAUUUUUCCGAUCACAUGAGAACCCACACAGGAGAAAAACCUUUCAAAUGUGAUCAGUGCAACUAUUCUACGAUUUUAAAAUCUUAUUUGAAAAGGCAUGUAUCAAGACAGCACAAUGGUGACAAACCCUACAUGUGCGGGGAGUGUGGGUACAGGGCAGCUCGUAAAGACAAGUUAUCCCAACAUAUGACAAAACACACAGGAGAAAGACCGUACAAGUGUGAUCAUUGUGACUAUUCAGCUGCACGGAAGUCUUCUUUGGAUGAACAUCUACAAAUACACAGUGGUGAGAAACCCUUCAUGUGUGGUGAAUGUGGAUACAGGACAGCUAAAAAAUCCCGCUUAGCCAGACACAUGAGAACCCACACAGGUGAGAAACCCUUCAAGUGUGAUCAGUGUGACUAUUCCGCAGCACUGAAAAGUCAUUUAAAUGAGCAUAUAGCACGACACACCGGUGAGAAACCCUACAUGUGUGGGGAAUGUGGGUACAGGACUGCUAAAAAAUCCCGCUUAACUAUACAUAUGAGAACCCACACGGGAGAGAAACCCUACAAGUGUGACCAGUGUGACUAUUCUGCUGCAGAGAAAUCCGCUUUGACCAGGCACCUUUUCAAACACAGUGAUGAGAAUCCCUUCACGUGCGGGGAGUGUGGAUUCAAGACGGAUAGCAACUCUCACUUAUCCCGACACAUGAGAACUCAUACAAGGGAAAGACCUUACCAGUGUGACCAGUGCGACUAUUCUGCAGCACAGAAAUCCGGUUUGGACGGACAUAAAAGAAAACACACCGGUGAAAAACUCUUUGUGUGCGGGGAGUGUGGGUUCAGGGCGGGUAGAAAUUGUGACUUAUCCCGACAUAUGAGAACUCAUACAGGGGAAAGACCCUACAAGUGUGACCAUUGUGACUAUGCUGCUGCACAGAAAACACGUUUAAACCAGCAUCGUCUAGCUAAACACACUGGAGAAAGACCACCAGUGUGACGAAUAGGACUAUUCAACUGUUGACGAAUCCACUUUGGACAUGCAUCUAAUUACACGUGUAUAAGAAAGCCCAUUUGUGAGAAACCCCACAUGUGCGGGGAAUGCAUAUUUAGGACAACUCGGAAGUCUAUCAUGUCUGAACAUAUGUGAAUUUAGCCAUUGAGUAUGUAACUUGCACUGUAAAUCAGUUUCCGUACUUAGGCAAAAAAUUACUCAUUUUAUUUGUGUUGCAAUCACCUGUUUAUUUGUUUUGAAUCACUGUAAUUUAGAUAAUAUGUAUAUAGUAUAGUACACUUUACACAUGGAAUAGCCCUCAAAGAGAAUAAAGCAGCCAUCUUGGGUUUCUUCAA